AAAAAACCAACGUCAAUCUCAGUCCAUGAAUCGCUUAUCUGUGGGGAUAUUCACCUCAUUGCAUUGACUAAUCUAUGAAUAAUGAGUUCGUGCCUGGCCCAUCUUUUUUGUCAGACCGACCUUUUCUGUUCUAGAACGUUGAACCGCAGCUUGCAAACUUCCCCGGAACUUUACGUCGUCUCCCGUCUCAAAACGUCUAGAAUCUUUGCCUCCUGCAUUACCUAAACGGAUUUGUCCAGCAUGUGUCUAGAGAUUUACCAGGUGUACCUUAAUUAGAGUCAGUGCUGCUGCCAUGGGGAUGUCUUGCAUAGCAGGCAAAUUGGAGUCGUGAGCCAUGGGGGCUUCUGUACGCUUCUGUUCUGCUGCAAGAGAGUUGGUGAUCCAAGACAGUCAGCUCUCGGAAACUAUAUGCACAAU